AUGGCAUCAUCAUCUUCAUCAAACCCCUGCUGGUCAGAUCAGGUCUAUGAAGCAUUCGAUAUGCUCAGCAGCGGCAACCAUCAAGGCGCCAUCUCAGCAUUGCACACGCUCCGCCGCGAUUCGAGACUUCCUCGUUUCUGGCGCAUCCAAGUACUAGCUCUCCUUGCAAAUGCAGUCGAAGACUGGAAUGAGGCUGAGGUAAGAUCUUCUCGUCGAGUCCAGGCAGCGUAG